GUGUUUGAGGAAAACUCGGGAAGGGAAAUUACACGAUUAUCGUAACGUCUCCGUUUUCAAAAUGUGUUCCGUCCACACCACAACUCAACGCUAGUUUUUCAAAUUUCUCCGGUGUGAAGAGUGUUUUCGAAAAGCUCCAUUUUAAUUCGUGACAGAUUAGCGUGGACGGUCAGUCUAACCGCAGAAACAAAGCUGCAUUUUCAAACAUAUCCGGCGCGUGGAUCGGGCCCUAGACUCGGUUUUCCACCAACUCGAACCACCUCUCGAUAUUACAUAGUCUUCAUAAAAGAGUCUUGAACACGGAAAAAGUAAGACGAUGACAUCGUAAUCGCUGACACCUGACAUCACAAGCACGUGAUUUGUAAUCAGCUCUCAAGUCCGUUCGAUCGACGGUCGACGUUUCUCAGAGUUAGCAAGGACAGAUCAAGGUAAGGUUAAUUUUCCUUCUUAUUUCUGUCUUUCAUUUCUUUUAUGAUAAACUGAUCAUGAGCACGCGUUAUAAAACGCAUUCUCGAACUGACUACUGUUCGUUUAGAUACGGAACUUUCUAUGGAUACAAGUCGGUUGACAGUUGCACAAUUGCAUUUAUUUGAAAUUUUUGUCACGCGCUCUGCGACUCAUCCAGGACAGGAACACGUUUUCUCUUGUAUUAAGUGAAGUUGAUUUGACCUGUGGAAAAAUUGUUUUCCUAGCUAGAAUUAUAUUGAACUCAAAAGGGUGGCAAAUCGCAUGAGUUCGCUGUGGCGAAUUUACAUGAUAUUUGUUGUUCAUUUAGUUUGCUGACUCAGGGAAACUAUUCUGAAAAAACCUGAAUCAGACGGGUCACGAUUUUACUUUAAGACUACCCUUGUGUGUUUCGCACGGAGUUAAUGUUUAAGGUAGGAAACGUAUUUUUCUUUCGUUAGAGUUUGAAACCAUUCUUUGUUUCACUGUCACUUUCGUUCACGUGUUUUGAUAUCGAUAUACUAAUACAAGGAAAAUUACGACACUGUGCAACGCCAAGCUAGUUAGAAAAUAGCAACUGAUGCUCAAUAAACUUUGACCUGGUACAAUUAAGACAAAACAAAUAAUUGGCUCCGUCCACACUACGCCGAAGCAAUUUGAAAACGCAACAAUCACUGGUCGUUUUGGAUUUGUGGUUGAGGAAAACUCGGUCAGAAGAAAUACAUUAUUCUCGUGAAGCCAUCGUUUUUGAAAAACUCCGUUUUCAAAAUGUUUUCGAUCCACACUAAACCGAAAUGCUGGCGUUUUCAAAUACCUCCGGUUUCGAGAGCUUUUUCAAAGAGCUAAGCUCCGUUUUCGUGUCGACGCCGGAUUACUGUGUGUGGACGGCUGGCCAAACCGUAGAAAUAAAGUUGCUUUUUCAAAUUUCCGCGACGCACUAUACGUAGUACAGUGUGGACGCUACGUCAAAGGCAUUGAUGACAAAUUGACUCAUGAACCUAAACAACACGAUGCUCUGUGGACUUUCCCUGUUGCUUCAGUGUGGACUUUUAAGUCUAACUAUAGUAAAGUCGAAAGAGGGCCGGUUACUCCGAAACUUUUAAAAGCUUCGUUUCUUGAAUACAGUUUCAAAAUUCAGGACGUGUAUGGGAUCGCAAAGACCCAGCCAUCCUUGCGAUUCAAUGCAGUUCAAUUCUUUAUUCACACUACACUCUUUUCUUUUAUAAGAACGUUGAGUGUUUUUUUAUAUGAACGUUCAGGCUGAGAAUGACCAGAAUUUUAAGAACGUAUUAAGAACAUUCCUCAGACUGAGAGUCGAUUAACAACGUUUUUAUUUUGCUUAUCUGCAUAUUAAAUGACAACCAUAAAAUAAAGGUAACAAACAUUAACAAUAAUGACUUUUUUAUUGCAUGACACACAUCUCGAUUUUUAGUAAUCAGCAGUUGUUAUUUAUAACUGUUACAAAAGAACUUGUUUGAAGUAUUAUAAAGGUAAAUUGAAGAACAUCUUAAGAACGUUUUCAGGCUCAAAUCGCAAAAAAAUAUAAGAACGUUCAGCCUUAUCUCCAAAAUUAGACGUUCUUAUAUAUAACAAGACUGAAGAGUGUAUGGGACGAUGCAGACUUUUGAAAACAGCAGGUUCGAUCAUUAUAUUUCUGCCUAGAUGGGCAACGAGGGACUGAUGCUAGAUAGUAAAAUGCGUUGGAAAGGAAGUACGAAAAUAAACUGCUGUGCCUCGCUAAAUAUAAAGAGAUACAGCUAAUAAAAUGGAUCCUGAAUUCUGCCAUAACUUAUCUUAUGUUACCAGACCGUGAAAUCACCGACGGACCUCAAAUCGCUUGAUCGGUCGUAAGAUCAAAAUCAGUCCAGCUUUUCUCAAGAGGUCUAAGCUAGGAGUGCGUUAGUUUUGGCCAGCCAUUGAAACUUUCUGCAGACAGACUUUAGGUCUGAUGGAACAGGAAAGAAAACAAGGGACCUUUAGUUAGCUUUUAAACAAUUCGCCGGCGAGAGAAAUCGUUUCUAAUAUAAGCUCGGAGAUCGGGUUAUAUGCUUUGGUGGGGCCUGAACGAACUGUUAAAUUUCUAUUGAGCCUCUAGUGGCGCUUACUGACAGCUUAGAAUUGACCCAAAUUUUGAUCGUUAGCUUAGAAAUAAAGAAGUUUUUUCUUUUUACUAGUUGCUUAGGUAUAGAUCCGGGAACAGCAAAAUGUACAUAUUGCGGUCCCUUGGUACACAUAACUUAGAACCGGGCUGAAGUUUUAUUUGAUGUCUAGAAAUGGUUAAAAAUAUAACUGAGAGCUGAAAUUACAGUCCUCCAUCCACGGCCCCUUUCUAAAGUCAACACUCGAGGAAUUACUGAAAUGAAAUGGGCCAUAUAUGCCUGGCAAUGCCUUACUCUCUAACCGAUGAACAGACCUUGCUUUACAGUCACUGGAUUACUCAGUCUUUGCCGAAAAUUUUGCCGUCACGGAUCGGCUUUUGUCUUGAUUUGUGCCGUCUUUAAAGACCACUGAAAUUCAGUGUUCUGAAAACCUGCUAAAAACAGAUUGAAUUCGGAACUAUAAAAAUGAGACCAAAGUAAAAUGUCUACUCGCGUACGACAUGAACGCAUGGACAUAUGGCUGAACCGGCAGCUGGGAAUAUUUUUCCAAUUUCCUUUGAUAUGCCAGCAUGUUCUUAAUAGUAAUAUUGAAAAUAUAUGGCAGCCUGUAUGGAGAGUAUCAGUUUCGAUUUCGAUUGAACAGCUGGAGGUUUCAAGAAAAGAGUCAGUUAAAUUUUGCUUCCAUGCAGCCGGUUCUAAGACGUGUGUGGAUUACUCUUUAGCGCUGACAACACUGAAGUUUUCUCGAUCGAAGCCAGCUUUACGUAAAUAGUGGAAAAGUGAAAAAUAUUAUGAUUAAAAGGAAGCUCGUUAUGAUACGAGAUGAAAACUAUGCAACACAUGGAAAUGAUUUAAGUAUAUUUUCACUUAUAACUUGAAUAUACACGUCCCGAAUUUGCGAAAUGUAUUCAUGAAGUGGCUUCCUUUGUUUUCGAUGACACGCCGAUCACGUGAUUCAUGUAAUCAAUAUGCAAUACAAGGCUACGCUCUAUGCCUUCAGAAGAUCAAUCAAAAACAACAAAUCGGCAAGGACAAACCACAGUGGAAAAAGCUUGCGUCAAGAAAACAAGAUGUCUCUACGAACGAUGCAUCUUCAAGACCUCAAUGCUCACAUCAUGUGUGUUCUAUGUGGCGGAUACUUGGUGGACGCUACCACAAUAGUCGAGUGUCUACAUUCGUUUUGUCGUAGCUGUAUUGUGAAGUAUCUUCAAACAUCGUAUCACUGUCCUGUUUGUGACGUUGAAGUACACAAGACUAAACCUCUACUGCAUAUUAGACCAGACAGAACUUUACAAGACAUCGUCUACAAGAUCGUACCUGGUAUUUAUCACGAAGAAGUAAAUCGACGCAAGGAAUUUGAAGCGAAUCAAAAGGGCAAGGAUGAGCCAGCCUCUGAAGAGACAGCGAGUGAUUCUGCUGCUUCAAAAGAGAAGGAGAAGGAGAAAGAAGACCUUCCGUUUGACGAUCCAGUUUGCAUCACUCUCGAAUAUUUCAGGAAAACAAGGAACCGUAUGGAGAAGGAGAUCUUCCCGACUCGUUUUCUACGCUGUUCGUCGGAAGUGACUGUGAAGGUGUUGAAAAAAUUCUUAAUCAUGAAGUUUGCCAUUCCGGAAACUCACAAUACUGAAAUAAUUCGCUCAGAUGAAAUUUUGGAUGGUCACCUGACUAUGAAGGAAGUGUGCAGGAUUUACGGACUUUAUUCCAAGCCAUUCGUAGAUCUGCAAUACGUUUUUCUCGAGAAAAACGAUACGGUACCGUCAGUGGAGAAACCCAAGAUUCUGGAGGUAAAACGAAAGCGAAUCAAGAAACGGAAAGGAAACAAAAACCUUCUGAAGAAAUGCCUUGGCCUGGACAACACACCACGUAAAUUUAAAAAUAAAGGAGGGAAGAAAAAGAAUUUGUCUUCUUCGCAAUCGAGCGAAAACGCCGAGAAACCAGAGAUGGAUCCCAGUCCACCUCGGCCUUUUGAGAAUGUAGAGAAAGAGAAUCUAGUGCUCAGUCCCAUUCCGUUGUGCGCGAAUGUCAAGAAAGAGGAUCUGGUAUCUAGUCAAGAAUCACGUGAUAAAAUCGAAAACUUGAGUAAUAAUCACGCUAUGGAGCCCAGUCUUCCGGCUAAACCUUAUCAGAACGGUGAGAAAGCUUCUAGCGGAAGUUUACUAGAGACACAUUUGGACAAUCAGGAUGGCGGAAGAGUCAGUGAAAACGAGGCACCCGUUAUCGGGAAAAGUAAUGAUAAGAAAUUUACUCAAUUUGAUUUAGCAGAAGCUUUUGUAAAUGGGACUGACAGUUCAUCGACUGCAACACCUAUCGCGAUCCCAGACCCUGCGCGGUUCUGGCCAACGGUGGACGCAGCAUCUGGAAAUGAGAUGGCUCUCACGUCAGCUGUGAACGACUUAAACCAUGCGCAGUCGGAAGUGAGUUAUGAUGCGAGGGAAAUGGACACGAGUGUUUCUAAUUAUACUAAUGACCUAUGUAUGAAUCAUAUUUCUACGGAUCUGGAAUCUUCUCCGAUUCUUCACGGAUUGGGAAUGUUGUUAGAGAGCUUAUAACACGAACUCUGAAAAUCGCCAACCGUGGAGGAAAAACAAAAACAAAAUAAAAUGAGGUUAUGUUUUUCUAAUGGCGUGACGUAACGCGAGGGAAAUACCAAGUACUUCACUUUUGAAAGAAACAUAUAUUGAAUUCUUGUGGUCCUGAAAGAUACUUCUUUUCUCUUUUUGUUUGUUUGUUUUUCUUUCCUUUUCUUGUUUCUUCAUUCGAUUUUGUAUCCUCUUUGAAGAACCCCAUUGAAAUCAUUUUGAGAUUAUUUAUCUAACAGCAUCCGACAUGCGCUUUGAAGCACUCUGACUGAUCAACCUUACUGUGUCAGACUCUUCACAGCCACAGUUACUCAGAUGAUCGUUAAAGGCACAAGUUAAAGAAAUGCUUUCCACCUGCUACACGAUCUGAGAAAAUAACGAGGCCAUGAAUAAAAUAGUCUUGACAUAUUGAAAAGGGUGUCGAUGAAAUAAACGACUUCCCUAACAUGUUGGAGUGAAUUUCCGUCACAUUUUUAUCUUGCGUUGACGGGUCCCAUGUUGAUGUUAACCUUACUUCUUGUAGUCAUGAGCUAGUCCUCUCUCCAUCACGAAGCGAAGCGUUGCGUGAUGGAGAGAAGGCCACAACUCGACUAAACCUCGAAUCGCUUCGCACGAAGGACUUACCCUGGAAAGGUUCCCUUUGCAUAAGUCUCUGUGUUCACGCCACGCUACGCUUAUUCUCUUGAUCGCUCGGAUGGGUUGCGUGACGACCCACACCAGGGCUGCCAAAUGGACCGGGAUCGAACUAAUCCAGAACAAUCACUGCCUUGGAAAGCGACUUAUUUUUGAGUUGAAUAUAAUUGUUACGAACAACACCCAUGAUAUGAGCCCGCAAUGAUCUUCAUUCACUGGAAAAUUACGUACCGAAUUCGUCAAUUUGUGCCUGACAACCUGCUGACCCCCCACCCCCGCCCAAAAAAAAAAAAAAAAAAACCGCCACAAAACGACGAUAAUGACGAAAAAACAAUAACAACAACAACAACAAAAUUCCCCCAAAUUCCCCGACUUUUCCAGAGCUGUGAAAGCCAUGUUAUUUAUUCUUAUUCUGUGCUAACCGGACACUUAAACAGUUUCGUCACGGUUUGCACAUCUGGAAAAGAUAAGCCUCCUUUCCGUCUUUAAAAAUGCGUCGUUUGUAAUCCGUGUUAAUCUUCUCCAUCCUUAACCAUCCUUGUUCCUUUACGUUGCAUUAUUAUCUCUGUGGCGUUUUCCUAUCUUAGUAAACUACUAUUUGCAGGAUUUCUUCAAUUUAAAGGUUUUUUAUACGUGCCCAAAAUACCGUGACUGAGUUCCUUUAAAAAGCUGGAACUGAUACAAUCCAGUGACGAUAUAUUACCCUGAUUUUAUUGCAAGCAUUUGAUAGUACUCAGUACAUUGUAUAACUUAGUAAUACAUUACAACUACGUGCGUGGUGUUUGCAGAUUGUGCUAUCAACUUUUCAAUGGCUCAAUAACUCGGAAAACUUAUUGCGUACAUUGAAAUUUUGUUAAUUUUUUUGGUUACAGCUAAACUAAUGAGGCGCAAGGCUGAGUUACGCGCGAGACAUGCUCGCGGGAAGCACACGCGUGGCCAUCUACCUGUAGUUUACGUGUACAUGACUUAUGAGGAGAUCCAGCCUCUAUGACUGCCCUUAUAUCCACAUUAAAAAGGUGCCUAACAAAUUAGCUUAUAAAUUACGAGUUAAAAAAAAAAAAAAAAAAAAAAAAA